CGCUUUCUCCCUCACUAACACAUCAUCAUCAGCCAAGUGUAAGAGGGUUCGAAGAAGAAGAAGCAGCAGUAGCGAAAGGGUUCCGUUCUCGAGUUCGUGGAGAGAUCAUUCGAGCUGUUCUUUGAUUUAAUUAAUUUGUAGAGGGAGUGUGUGAGAGAGAGAGCGAGAGCGUCAAUGGCGACCGCCGGGAAAGUGAUCAAGUGCAAAGCCGCCGUGGCGUGGGAGGCCGGCAAGCCGCUAUCAAUCGAGGAGGUGGAGGUGGCGCCGCCGCAGGCCAUGGAGGUGCGCGUCAAGAUCCUCUACACCGCGCUCUGCCACACCGACGUCUACUUCUGGGAGGCCAAGGGUCAAACUCCGGUGUUCCCGAGGAUCUUAGGACACGAAGCUGGAGGCAUCGUGGAGAGCGUUGGAGAAGGUGUGACCGACCUUGCACCGGGCGACCAUGUCCUCCCGGUGUUCACUGGCGAGUGCAAGGAGUGUGCUCACUGCAAGUCAGAGGAGAGCAACAUGUGUGACCUCCUCAGGAUCAACGUCGACCGGGGUGUGAUGAUCGGCGAUGGCAAGUCCCGCUUCUCCAUCAACGGGCAGCCUAUUUUCCACUUUGUCGGGACGUCCACCUUCAGCGAGUACACCGUCAUCCAUGUCGGUUGCCUCGCCAAGAUCAACCCCGAGGCGCCUCUUGACAAAGUUUGUGUUCUCAGCUGUGGUAUCUCAACUGGUCUUGGUGCAACACUCAACGUUGCAAAACCCGUUAAAGGUUCGACAGUGGCGAUUUUCGGUCUCGGUGCUGUAGGCCUUGCUGCCAUGGAAGGUGCGAGGCUGUCUGGGGCAUCAAGGAUCAUCGGUGUGGACCUGAACCCGGCAAAAUAUGAGCAAGCUAAGAAAUUCGGCUGCACUGACUUUGUGAACCCCAAGGACCACAACAAGCCAGUGCAAGAGGUGCUCAUUGAGAUGACCAACGGCGGUGUCGACCGCAGCGUGGAGUGCACUGGCAACGUCAACGCCAUGAUAUCCGCCUUCGAAUGUGUUCACGAUGGAUGGGGCGUCGCCGUGCUGGUCGGUGUCCCGCACAGGGAGGACCAGUUCAAGACCCACCCCAUGAACUUCCUGAACGAGAAGACGCUCAAGGGGACCUUCUUCGGCAACUACAAGCCCCGCACCGACCUGCCCAACGUCGUCGAGAUGUACAUGAAGAAGGAGCUGGAGGUGGAGAAGUUCAUCACCCACAGCGUGCCGUUCUCGGAGAUCAACACGGCCUUUGACCUGAUGCUCAAGGGGGAGGGCCUGCGCUGCAUCAUGAGGAUGGAGGACUAGAGCUCGCCAGCGUCCGUUGCAGCCGCUCUGUUGCACAAGGAAGGAAACUGAAAAAGUUUAAGGCGCACCCUCUGUCUAGUAGUAAUAUUGUGGUCCUGAGAUACGAACAUGCCCAUCCCCUGUAUUCCGUUUCACGGUUUCAUCUUUAUUGUUAGUGUGUGGUAACUGGUCGGGUUUGGGCCCACAAAAGACCAAAAAAAAAGAAGAGAAGUUUGUGGUCUGGUUUCAGAGUCCAUGUAAUUACCAUUUUGCAUGACAAAUAAUGAAAUGUUGUCAGUGUUAAA